AUGACUAAGCCUUCCCUAGAGGCCAAGGGCUGCUGGAAAGAAGAAAGAAAGUGGAAUUACAUCUUAUGCAAAAAAGGCAUCUCACCCAACAAGGAAAGUCUGAAAGAAUUAGAAGAGGAGACAGAAGGGGAGCAUUGCAUCCUCCAGCAGUCAGUGGUGACAACAUAUGAAGAUAGGACUUUGGAAGAGCCGGAGGAUCAUGAAGAUGAGUUUAAUGAGGAGGAUGAACAUGUUAUUGAAAUAUACAGAUGGCAGAGACUGGCUGAGUGGAAAGCAACUAAACUGAAGAAUAAAUUUGGAGAAAUUUUGGAGAUCUCAGGGAAGAACUAUGUUCAAGAAGUUACCAAAGCCGGUGAGGGCUUGUGGGUCAUCUUGCACCUUUACAAACAAGGAAUUCCCUUCUGUACUGUGAUAAAUCAGCACCUCAGUGGACUUGCCAGCAAGUUUCCUGAUGUCAGAUUUAUCAAAGCCAUUUCAACAACCUGCAUGCCCAAUUAUCCUGAAAAGAAUCUGGAUAGAUUCCUUUACCUGGAAGGAGAUAUCAAAUCUCAGUUGAUGGAUCCUCUGGUGUUUGGCGGCAUGAACCUAACAAGAGAUGAGCUGGAGUGGAAACUGUCUGAAUCUGGAACAAUUAAGAUGAACCUGGAGGAAAACCCUAAGAAGCUGGUUGAAGACAUGUUGCUCUCCUCAGUGCUGUGCGCUGUCCCCAGAAGAAGGGACAGUGAUUCCGAGGGUGACUGAGGCUGCAGCUGCUAUCACUUGCUGAACUUUCUUGUGACAAAUUGUCUGGAUUUUUUUUUAAAAAGGAAGAAGCAAGAAUGAAUCCUUCUGGUUUUUAGUUUUAUAUAUUAUGUUUUAAAUCUUUACAUUUUAGAAAUAAUCAUUCCUCAAGUUCUGUUAAAUAUUUUGGAACUCUUUUUAUUUUUAACUAUAGUAUUUCCUCUAAAAAAAAUUAAAACCAGCUAUUGGUAUGGAAAAAAAAUUUCUGAAUUCCAGAGGAUUAAAAUAUCUCUGUUUGGGAACAUCUCCCCUGGCACACAGCUGAAGUAAGUGCCUGCAGCUGGUCCCAGCCCUGUAGAGGGGAACUGUGUUGAGGUCUAGCAUGCAUUGUGCUAGGCCCCUGUUGAAGCUGAUGAGUCCCAAUCUAGAAUUUUGAUUAGGAGGAGGGAGGUAUGUUAGAAGCCAAGUCAGCUGCACAAAGGCUGAUUGGGGGAAAACAACAACAACAACAACAACAACAAUAAAAACAACAAAAAAAAUCUGUAUUGUUUUGUGCUUUUCCAGAUUUUUCUGUUUAAAAAUAGUGCCCAUUAAGAGGGAGUGCUGAUGUCAUUUCCAUCCUUUCCAAAAGGGGACAGGAACUGGGAACCUCUGAGGUAACUAGGUAUGGUCCAUAUAGCAGAUAGAACAGAUUCAGCCAAAAGACAAGAAGCUCUUUGUUAAGCUGUGCCAGGAAUGCUAUCAGUUACUGUUUCCAGGGAUGAAUUUUAGGGGAAACCUAAGAAUUAAAUUGCACUCAAAGCACAUGAAAUGCAGUUUCAUAUACUGUUUUUCUAAAACCUCAACUAGGAUAUUUAUAAUAAGGUUUUGGUUUCUUUCCAGACUUGAGAGAACAUUCAUUUGAAGUUACAUUUUUCAGGUCAAUUUCGGCCAGCUGUUCUUUAGAUAUCUCAUGAACAUUUUCUUUCUUCUUUCUUUUUUUUUUGGUAGAGCAUAGUCCCUUGAACGCUUUUUGAACCUUUUUGGUAGAGAUUGUUUCUUUCCUCAUUCCCUCGUUAUUUUCUCUUCUUUACUUUAUUCCUGAGAAUCUUUAGAGGUUGACCUAUAAGCCAAAUCCUCUUUCUCCAGACCUUUGCCUUCAACAAAACAAAACAAACAAAUCAUCUUUCACUUUUCAGAAUUUACAAGACUCUGUCAAUGCUUUGACUAAGUCCAACCUUUGUGUAGAGUACAUGAAUCUCAGCAGGAGCAGUGCUGAGUUGGCCUCUUCCAGAAGGGAAUUCACUGCAUGGGUGUGGGCCACUGAGUUAAAGUGAGUUUCAGGUGCUACCCUUGCCUGAUUCCUGAAAUGGUUCAAGCAAAGUAACAACUCAAAUCAUUGGAAUCAGGAAAAAAAAGGAUUAUUAAGUGCCUUCUCUUUUAUUUGAUUUUUAUUCUUGUUUAUUUGUUUCAUAUGAACUUUAUGUGAACAAAGGGAUCUUGAUAAGUACAUGCACAGCCAAGCCAAGCUUUAACAGAAUCCCCUAAGAUAAGACAGAAACUAUGGGAAAAGGUUUUCUUACAUUUGUUCUGUCUAUCCUCUGAAACACUCAUUUCUAACAUUGCUCUUUAGUAGGGAAAAAAAGUCACUUUUAUUUAUAUCUAAACUAUUGAAGUAAUUAUAUUUCUGAUGGGAAAUUUUUAAGUAUAUGAAAUUAAGAGAAUGAUAGGAGGCUGAGUUGGAAAGAACACAACAUCUAAUUCAGUCCCCUCUUCUUCUGGUGAAUUAGUUGUGCCCAUGCUCAUGAACUAGUAUAUUUUCUGCUUUUAAUUUCCUCAAUUUUCAAACUGUAAAAUAAAAUAUUAUGGUGUCUAUUUCCUGGGAACAGAAAACACAUGUAAAUGUUUGAGAAAUUUGAUUUGAAGCUUGUCAAAAAGAUACAUGAAAUCAAGCCCCAGUAAAAUAUUGUUCUUGCUUGUAUCUGGUUUUUCGUGAUUUCAUUAAAUUAUUCUUUGUAACACA